UUAAAGUAAUUGUUAGAAGGUCACAGGGUCACAGUAGCGGUAGGAGCUGAGCUGAUUAAUGAUGUCGGAAUGACUUUUUUUUAAAGCAAACAAAUCUACAGAAAUCAGAUUUCUCACAUAAUCACAUUUCCAUACAUUUAUUCUCAGCCGAAAGCCCAUUACUAAGAUUUACCACUUUUUUUUUUUUUUUUUGAAAGAAAGACAUUCCCCCAAUUCCACCAAAAUCAAAAUCAAAAUCCUCUAAACUCUUCAUUUCCAUCAAUUUUUCUCCCAAAAUCCAACAACCCCAUCUCCAAAUCUAUGUUCCCAAUUCAAUUCUCUCUCUCAAAACCCCUUUCUUUUUCUGAAUCGAUCUUCUGCCUCACAAGUUCUUAAAACCCCUCAUUUCACUGUUUGGAGUUGCAUGAUGACGAUGAUGUCUAGCUAUGGCGCUGGAUUCUCCUUCCUUUUUCUGCUUUUUCUCACUGUUUUGGCUACUGGGAAUGAACUAAGUUUCACUCAAUCUAAUGGGUCUGUCGCCGAGAUGGUGCCACUGAUUGAGGAAGGGAAAAUGAAUGUGAUGGAGAUGAAUGAGACUAGAAGGAGAUUAGGGAGCUUCCAAAUUUGUGCUCCUUGCACUUGCUGUGGUGGAGCUAAGGGUCUGUGUUUGCCUUCUCCUUGUUGCUAUGCCAUCAAUUGUAACAUCCCUAAUAGGCCAUUUGGUUUUUGCUCAUUCACUCCCAAAUCAUGUAAUUGCUUUGGAUGCAAUCUCUAGCCUUUAUAUAUACACACAUACACAUAUAUUUCUCUGAAAUUUCUUUGGAUAUAUAUGAUGUUAUUGGUUAGAUUUUGAGUUAGGGUCAUUUGUCAUCUCUGUUGCUCGUUUGCUCUAUACUGGAAAGGAUUGAUUUGAAGAAGUCUCUCCUGAAGUUUAAUUAUUUUUGUCUAUAGUUCAAUGAAAUUAUGUUUCUCUUA